CUGCGCCGGUAUUGCGAUUAUACUAAUCGGCAAACGGAGAAUGAGCUCAAAACCCGUAUUCAGGAGCUCGAGUCGCUCGUCACUAAUCAUGUCACCAAAGUCUCUCCCCAGAACCUAUCCACGCCCGCAUCUUCCAGCCAAGGCACCGGUAGCUUGCCGAUGUCGCAAACAGCGUCUUCUUUCUACCCAGUUUCCCUACGCUUCCAGAAGCUCUUUCUAGAUUCAGAUCUCAAAACUCGUCCUGAUGCUCCUCCGCCGCCAUCCAGUGACAUGAUCCCUGCUGCCGCUCUCUGCUAUUUGAGUGAUCAAGCACAGAGCGCCGCCGGCAUGUCACAGUACUUUGAAACCGUCCAUAAGUGGAUGCCCAUCAUCAGUCGAGUCCGCUUAAACUCUUUUGCCGAUGUAGAGCUCAAUAGCCGGCCCAGAGCUGAUUUCGCGCUGCUACUCCUGACUAUGAAACUCAUUCAACAGGUGCCGGGAAGCUCGUCCGACGCGGUUAGAAAUCCUUUGUACGUGUGCACCAAAGAAUUUGCGGCUUCUUUAGAUAUUGCGGGCGUAUAUACACUGCUCAAACUUCAGGCUCAACUGCUUAUCACCGUUUAUGAGAUGGGUCAUGGUAUUUUCCCGGCUGCCUAUGUCUCAAUAGGCUGCUGCGUUACCCAAGCCAUGGCCCUCGGCAUACAUAAUCGAGAAGCACCACAGAUCUUAGAACAGCCGCGCACUUGGAUAGACUGGGAAGAGAGACAAAGAAUCUGGUGGUUUAUUGUCAUCCUUGAACGAUAUGUCAACUCUGUAGGAGACAACAGACCUCUGCUGUCUGCUGAUCCUCAGACUACAUCUCACUUACCUGUUGACGAUGACGCUUGGGACUCUGGUCAUGCAAUGUAUCCUGAACGGCUUAUUCUAUCCUCAUCGAAACAUCUUUCCGCAAGUCCAUUCGCCCGCCUUGCUCAAGCAUCUCAUCUACAAGGAGAGGUCAUCAAACACUGCAAUGACGAAACGCAGAGUCUAUCACACGUGAAGAAUAGCGUCGAAGUGCUUAGCCAAGUAUUAUUGAGCUUCUUAGAAGUCAUCAGCAAAGACAAAGCGAGCAUGAUGCAUUUCUAUAGCUCUGUGGGUGUUUGUUUGAGAUCCCUAGAUGUAUCAGAAUUAGCACUCGCUCGCGAGAUAGCUCUAACGUGCCAGAGCAUAAUGAAGGACUGCAUUGUCAAGGCAAUGUCGUUUUUAGAUGUCGUCAGAGAGAUGAUACAAGACGCAGAUCUCGCCGGCUUGUCGCCUUGGUUCUUGGAUAGUUUGUAUCAAUGUCUUGCUAAUAUUGUUUAUCUUAUGGCGACAUCUCCCGCCGUUGAAUCGUCAGUAUAUCCUUCUCAAGCAUCGCUUUGUUUGAAUCUUUUACAAAAAGCAAACCACAGAUGGAACGUCGCGGGAGCAUACCUUGAAACUAUUGACCUAAUAGAGAAAGAGUUGAAAACGGGCAGAUAUUAG